GCGGCAGUAGCGGCGGGAGUAGAGGCUUGCAGCGGUGCUGAAGAGCCGAGAGCGCGGCGCGGCCUAGAGCGGCAGGCAGUGCACUGGGCCCAGGAGGAGGCGCAGAAGCCGCCCUGGGCCGUCAUGGAGAUGGAAAAGGAGUUCGAGCAGAUCGACAAGGCCGGGAGCUGGGCGGCCAUUUACCAGGAUAUCCGACACGAGGCCAGUGACUUCCCAUGUAGAGUGGCCAAGCUUCCUAAGAACAAAAACCGAAACAGGUACAGAGAUGUCAGUCCCUUUGACCAUAGUCGGAUUAAACUCCAUCAGGAAGAUAAUGACUACAUCAAUGCCAGUUUGAUCAAGAUGGAAGAAGCCCAAAGGAGUUACAUUCUUACCCAGGGUCCUUUGCCUAACACGUGCGGUCACUUUUGGGAGAUGGUGUGGGAGCAGAAAAGCAGGGGCGUUGUCAUGCUCAACAGAGUAAUGGAGAAAGGAUCGUUAAAAUGUGCUCAGUACUGGCCACAAAAAGAAGAGAAAGAAAUGAUCUUUGAAGACACAAAUUUGAAAUUAACCUUGAUCUCCGAAGAUAUUAAGUCAUAUUACACAGUACGGCAGCUGGAAUUGGAAAACCUUACAUCUCAGGAAACUCGAGAGAUCUUACAUUUCCACUAUACCACGUGGCCUGACUUUGGAGUCCCCGAAUCGCCAGCUUCAUUCCUGAACUUUCUUUUUAAAGUUCGUGAGUCGGGGUCACUAAGCACGGAGCACGGCCCUGUCGUGGUGCACUGCAGUGCUGGCAUCGGCAGGUCGGGGACCUUCUGUCUGGCUGACACCUGCCUCUUGCUGAUGGACAAGAGGAAAGACCCUUCUUCUGUCGACAUCAAGAAAGUUCUGUUAGAAAUGCGGAAGUUUCGGAUGGGGCUGAUCCAGACAGCAGACCAGCUCCGUUUCUCUUAUCUAGCUGUGAUCGAAGGUGCCAAAUUCAUCAUGGGAGACUCUUCAGUGCAGGAGCAAUGGAAGGAGCUUUCCCAUGAGGACCUGGAGCCCCCACCCGAACACGUCCCCCCUCCUCCCCGGCCCCCCAAACGCAUCCUGGAGCCACACAAUGGGAAGUGCAAGGAAUUCUUCCCCAACCACCAGUGGGUAAAGGACGAAACCGGGCAGGAUAAAGAAGACUGCUCUAUCAAGGAAGAAACCAGAAGCCCUCUAAACGUCCCUUGUGGCGUGGAAAGCACGAGUCCAGACACUGAAGUCAGAAGGCGGGCCGUGGGGGCAGGUCCUGCCCAGGGGGAGCCCUCGCCACCCAAGGAGAAGCAGAACCCGGCACUGACUCCCUGGAAGCCCUUCCUGGUCAACAUGUGCAUGGCCACCGUCCUCACGGCCGGCGCGUACCUCUGCUACAGGUUCCUGUUCAGCAGCAGCACAUAAUCUGACCCACCUCCACUCCACCUCCACCCCACUGUCCGCCUCCGCUGCUAGAGCCCGUGCGCGCCUGGCAGGCAGGCCGUGGUCGGUAAGGGCCGAGGACAGCGUAGCCAGCCGGGACCUGGACGGACGUUUGUUCUGCACUAAAACCACCCUCCCCAGGCUGUUGGUUCUCACUCCCUUUGACUCUGUUUCCCUUCCCUUUCCUUCGAGUAUCCAAUCCACUACCCAUUUUUUGAGGAGAGCAAAGGAGAGUCUGGUGCUGGUAGCCUGUGCGAGUCGCGAGGCCCACCCCGCCGCGUGCUCCCCCUUGGUGUGGCCCAGUGCAGCCCGGGGAGGCAGCACCCAGUGUCCUCCUCCCUGGACCUCCACGGAGACCAUGUGCAGUGAGCCUCUCCACUCCAUAUUUAUUUUUUUGUUUUUGUCUUUUUUUCCCAAAGGCAUCCAUAGUGUACUAGCAUUUUCUUAAACCCAUAAUGUAUUAAAAAUUUUUGAUGUCAGCCUUUCAUCAAGGGCUUUAUCAAAAAGUACAAUAAUAAACCCUCAGGUAGUGCUGGGAACGUAAGACUUUGCCAUGAGCCUGCUGCAUCAGACCAGUACUAGGAAGGUGGACGGUUGUAAGCAGUCGUUAUUUCGUGACGUUGUGGGUAACGUGAGAAGAGGUUUGGCAUAUGUUUAUAGAACAUGGGAUAAUAUAUACUGAACACUUGGAUAUUUAAGAUACAUGACGUGAGAUGACUUUGUCCCAGUUAUCCCCUCCCGGUUAUCUGCUAGAACCUUGUUCUCAAUCACUGCUUUCCCUGUGUGUAUUAGAAUGCAUGUUCGGUCGUCUCGUGCCCCGAUCAGAUACCAUGUGCUUGAAACACUUAGCUCUCUGCUUAUUAAUGUGCCCCCAUGUACAAGUCCAAUCUACCUUUGCAUGAUCUGAUCAUUACAUGGCUGUGGUUCCUAAGACUUGCUGAAAUCCGCCAUUCAGCAGUGGAGUGAUGUUUUCCAGUAACAGAUUAUUUGCCGAAUUCCUGGCAUGACACUCUGGUGACUUCCUGGUGAGGCCCGGCCUGCCUUGUCCAGCCGGGGCCCACUGUAACUCAGACAUUCCAAGGGUAUGGGAAGCCGUAGUCACACCUCACGCUCCGGACAUAUAGGCAAGCAGGGUCCCCCCCAACACCCUGGGGAUCAGCCUCCAUGGUCAGAAGUUCACGCUCCUUUCGAGCAGACUGUGAUUUGGAACCAAGGCAACUGUUGGAAACCACACGCCCGAAGCAAUCUGGGUGACAGUCCCUCGGAGUCCGCCUGCCACCAUCCCGUUCUGGGGGCCUUGCUGAGAGCCACGUCUGCCCCUGCCCUUGAACCCUGGGGACUGAUGGUGCUCACGACUCUUCCUGCAAGGGAGCUUAAGACCUCCACAUUAAGUGGCUUUUUUAACAAGAAAAACAAAACAAAACAAAAAAAACAAAAAACAAGGCAGCUGUAGCUCACAAGCUGCUCUUUUGCCAGCAUUUUCACAUUUUGCCUUUCCCAUGUUAGAAGCCCGUGCAGAGAAACUCUGCGGCGGGAACAUUCGAGGCAUCGCUCCGCAGAGCCUUGGUGAGGUGUGGGUGAGGCUGAGGUGCCAGGCUGGAGGCGUUUUUGAGUUGGGCUUGUUUGUUUGUUUUUUGAAGUCCUGUAUAUGUAUGUAGUAGUUUGGGUGUGUAUAUAUAGUAGCAUUUCAAAAUGGAUAUACUGGUUUAACCUCCUAUCCUUGGAAAACAGAUGGCUCUCCAUCUUGUUACACGUAUGUUAGAGAAGUAGCGAGCUGCUCUGCUAUAUGCCUUAAGCCAAUAUUUACUCAUCUGGUCAUUAUUUUUUUACAAUGGCCAUGGAAUAAACCGUUUUUACAAAAAUAAAAACACACAAAAAAAGCGAGGUGUUUCGGUAUAAUACCUUUUCAGGUGUGUGUAUACAUGGCUGCAUGAUGGGGGGUGGGGGGCGCGCGUCUCAGGGUCUUCUGUGACCUCACAGAACUGUCAAACUGUACAGAUUUCCAACUUGCCAUAUAAAUGAUGGGUUUGCAUUUUAGUUGCAACAAUAAAAAUUUUUUUCUAAAGAACAUGGA